CUCAACUUGCGCGAGGCUCAUUCAGUUGAACCUCCAGUGCUUGUGCUCCAAUUUGAUAUCGACCAAAUGGGUAUCGAUAUGCCAUGAUCCAACAUGUUUAUUACUGGGAUGACUUUUAUCUUUUUAUAGUGGAAUCCUAGCCACUAAUUUGUGCAGCUCCCUCAGGCAGAGAGGCAAGCCACCGGCGCCCUUCGAGCUAUAUCAAAUGGAAUCUGAUCGAAACUCACAGGCUCAAAUAUCAUAAUAUCCAUGUUUUUGAACCCUUUUGACCCUGGUAAUUCAAGAAUCCCCAGCGCAAAACUUCCAACUGCUUAGAUUCACUAGGGGACCUCUUUUUUCACUUCACUGUUCACUAGUUCCUGCAUUCUCCAAUAUCACUUACAGAAUGCUGCUAGAAACAUGUCAUUGUCAUUCUGAUUGUGUGUAAUGUCUGUUUAUACUUCGCACGUUACCUUUGUUUACAGUAAUAUGAUACAGUCUUUCUUUUUUUUCCAUUCUACACACUCCUUUCUGAAAUGAUUGUUGCCCAUUGUGCUUGAGUUUCCUUGCCAUCCCUCGUUAAACCUCAUUUUAAAUAUUCGAUCUCCUCGUCGAGUCCAGAAGAGUGCAAAAAAUACGGAAAAACACAGACGCAUAAUGUCUACCCUAUUUCGUUCUCCGGAAGAUAUCUCGUCUUCCGAUUCCGAACCUCUGCCGGAGUUUGACCCUGGUGAGACCGACGAAUGGCCGGGACACUCCCAAAAGGCUCCCACAGACACAAGCACCGAUACUGCCGAGGCUUCAACCCGUUCUCAUGAAUACGGAACGUCUCAGUAUGAGCAAGUUGAGACAAGUAAUCGCCUUGACCAGGGGGAUAUCCCCGAACUCAAUGCAGAAGGACAGGCUGCUAUGAUGACUGCCGCCCUCCUAGAAUUCUAUUGCAACAGUCGCGCUGCUGACAUCCUCAAUGGGCAACCAGGAUCCCAUGGACCAUAUACUCGAGAUUCUCCUGAAGCGAAAUUCUUAGGAAGGCAUAUGUAUGCCUACAAGUCGCAGUUCUUGUCUCAUCAUGGUGUUAUUGCAGGGGGAGUCGAUGGGGAGGAUUGGGAAAGUACGAGACAGUAUUAUAGAGAUAACCUGGAUGUGCUUGGUAUGGCUGCCUUAGGAGAUGCGGACUUGGGCGGCCGGUCCCCUCGCCCAUCAUCGAGGGGAGCUGUUAGACAGGCUGCAGGAAUGGUAGAUACAGAGCAACUUCAAAAGCGAUUAGAAGGCCUCGAUCUUGAAAACAUAAGGAACUUCACUCCACGUGGCGCUUCCCGCCCUAGUCUUCAAAGACGUAUUACUGACAAAGCCCAUGCUGAAGCUCCCAAUGAGUCCAUGCCGCCAAAUAUUGCGGAUCUCGUAAAGCAUACUCGUACUCCGUUCCCGCAGCUUCCCAUCAACUUACCUGUUCUAUAUCCACAAGCUAUGAAUUUCCCCACUUCCCGCUAUACGAUUGAGUUUGAAGAGGAAGCAAUGAUUGGCAGAGGGUCAUAUGGUGCUGUAUACCGCGUGAGACAUCACGUUGAUGGCCAAGUUUAUGCUGUGAAAAAAAUACCGCUGGGAGAGAAACGACUGCGGCAAGUGCAGGAACGUGGUUUGAGAGGUCUAGAUCAUAUCCUGAAGGAGGUUAGAACGCUCGCUCGGUUAGAGCACCCAAAUGUUGUGCGUUAUUUCGGUGCUUGGGCUGAAUGCCCCAGUGGCCCAAUUAUCGAGACUUCCCCUACGAGCUUUCCAGUUGGUCAUCGCGAGAUGGACGAUAAUCAACAGCCACUCCUGAGCCCCGUAUCGUCAUCACCACGAAACGAUGAAUUAAACUUUAGCAUCGUGUUUGAGGACUCCAGCCACGGAAUCGUAUUCGAGAACUCUUCCACAAAUCGUGAAAGUGAAGUUGACGAGAGUGAACUCUCACACGACACUCCCGGCGCACGACGCGAUAAGCAGAAAUUUUAUCAAAAAUCAAGUGGCAGAGGUGACACCGUAGACGAUGAAGUCCAGUCUCUUCCACGCCAUUUUGACUUCCCAACCCCUGGCCACACAACAACGGAGAGUGAAACAAAUGAUGAUGUUUUUUCUGACGGGAUGGGGCAUAGUGGCUCCAUGGCCCAUGUCAACCGGAAAAUUGACCUAGUGAAACCUGGCCCUGUCCUUAUGUUGCAUAUACAAAUGUCGCUACAUCCCUUGAGCCUGGCAAAAUAUCUGACUGCGAAGCCCGUCGCGCCAGGUCCCAAACCCCCGCAACAUUGCUACCAUCUAGUUCCUUCUCUCAAAAUCAUUCUGGGAGUCUUGGCUGGCGUGGAGUAUCUGCAUGCCACUGGCAUAGUGCAUCGGGACCUAAAGCCUGCAAACAUUUUCCUUUCUCCAGCAGGUGCGCAGGACAGCCCAUGUCCAACAUGCAAGAAAGCUGGUACAGAAAGGACUUGGUACACGGCACCUCGCAUCGGUGAUUUCGGCCUCGUUGCAGAAAUAUCCCAAUGCCAGGAUGAAGAUAAAGGGCUUCUGUGUAGUUCCACAGGGACCCAUGUCCGUCCUGUUGGCACGGAAUUCUACCGACCGCCCAUCGUCACAUCCUCAUACCCUACCACACGUCACAGCACACACCAUGGAAUCAAUGACAAUGGCGGUGGCCACGGUGACAAUGAGAUACACCAUAAUAAGAUACGCAGUGCCCUCAGCAUCGACGAAAGCCUAGACGUUUUCGCGCUUGGUGUCAUCCUCUUUGAACUACUAUAUAAGUUUGAGACCCGAAUGGAGCGCCAAAUGACGCUCUGUGAUCUGACCUGUUCACCCAAUCCGCGGAUGAAGCACCAGCGCAGGCCCUCCAGACUCGUGCCUAAACUUCCAUCUGACUUCGCAACCAAGGUUGAUUGUUCGGGGAUCUUCAAAGAUGAGAGUGAGAGUGGUACUACGGAUAUCCUUAGAAAGUUGACUGGAUGUAUAAAGGGAAUGCUCGAUCCGGAUCCUCGUUGCAGAUGGUCAUGUAAGGAUGUGCAGCGAUGUUUGAAUGACAUAGUAUCCAGGUAUGAAAACCCAACCUGGACCGGUGAUGUCGGAAUAAAUUAGAAGCAAAGCCAUUCUUGCUGCUUUCUUCUUUGGGUUUCAAGCGCAUGAUUCUCCCCUCCUUUUAUGUCUCCAUCCCUUUUCGGAGCCUGGUGUUUCCUUUGUUAACUUCUUUUUCCUUCCAACGGCGCUAUGUCGCUCUUAGAUGACUUCCAAUACUAAAUAUCCUAGAGUUUGAUUGUGGUAAAGCUUCUGAGAAAAGGCGAAAGACCUUGU